CUGUUUCUUAGGCGACGCGAUCCGCGGCCAAUGCAACGCAUCCUCGUCGGGUAUAGUUCGUUACACCUCUUCUUCUGCCUCCUCUGCCCUUGGUCGUCCGUGGACCCACGCGCUGAAGUAGAGGACGAAGAAGACGCAGGAACCGGAUUUUGGUUUAAACUUUCCCUCCUCAAGAAUAAGGGAGGCAGAACGGGAAGCGAGAUAUGUGCUACCCCUGCCCAUACCCCUUCAGCAUCAUACAGCAGCCCCAGCUGCUGCUCGCUGAUGGAUUUCUUUCUCAAUCUCUUUCUCAAUCUCUUCGUGUCAUCCCGAUUACUCGACCGUGAGCCGGUGGAGCUGCCAUGACGACCACCACCGGUAUAAGUGCCUGUAGUUGUGAUAGUAACUGCGUAUGAUUCUCAGCCGCCGGUCUUGGUACCUAGUCAGCAGAAUGAGGAGCCAUGCGGGCAAAUACGGC